AUGGAAAACGCAGAGAAGAAUGCACAUAAUGCUACAGAGGGUGUGAGGACUGGUGGCGGCCAGGCGCAGAUCACCAUUCUCAGCCAGUUUGAGCAGGAGGCCCUGGAUUUGGAGAGGCUCCAUGCGCCCAGGUGCACUGGUGUCGAUAGUGAGAUCAGGACAUUCGAGAAGAUGAUCGUGAAACUUGUGACUGUCGUUUUCGAUGUGGAUCAAACUGUGCGGAUAUUCCUUUACUGUCUCUUCUUUAUCCUGAGUGUGCUGGGGAAUGUCCUGAUCAUCGCUGUCUUACUGAGGAACAAGCAGCUGCGGACUGUAACUAACUCUUUCCUGCUCUCGCUGGCGACCAGUGAUCUGAUGCUGUGCCUCUUCUGUAUGCCCUUCACCCUCAUUCCAAACCUGCUCAAGGAUUUCAUUUUCGGAAGCGUCGUCUGCAAGGCUGUCUCUUACUUCAUGGGUAUCUCUGUUAGCGUUUCCACCUUCAGCUUGGUAGCGAUUUCUCUGGAGAGGUACAGUGCUAUCUGUAAACCGCUCAAGUCCAGAGUCUGGCAAACGAAAUCUCACGCCUUCAAAGUAAUCGCCGCUACUUGGCUGCUCUCAGUUAUUGUCAUGUUACCGUAUCCCAUCUACAACACCUUAGUGCCCUUCACCAGGGUAAACAACAGCACAGGCAAUAUGUGCCGUCUCCUGUGGCCGAAUGACUUCACACAACAGUCCUGGUAUAUAUUUUUGUUACUGAUUCUGUUUCUGGUCCCUGGAGUAGUGAUGACGAUAGCAUAUGGACUGAUUUCUCGCGAACUUUACAGUGGGAUUCAAUUCGAAACGAAUCGGAGAAAGAGGAGUCAAGAGACCAAAAGUAAACUGGUGAGAAAAGUCAGUAGCUGUGGCAGUGACAGUAAAUAUGAAGACGGAGACGGAUGUUACAUAUACAACGUCAAACGAAAAAGAACGAUUGAAAUGCAACGAUUAUCAAGCAGCAUCAGUGUUAAAACGAACAGGCCAAGGAGCAACAGUUCAACUGCGAACUUAAUGGCAAAGAAGCGAGUAAUUCGGAUGUUGAUUGUGAUCGUGGUCAUGUUUUUUAUCUGCUGGACUCCUGUUUUCAGUGUGAAUGCUUGGCGAGCCUUUGAUAAAAACUCGGCUGACAAGUUGCUGUCCGGGACCCCGAUUUCAUUCAUCCACUUGCUGUCCUAUACAUCGGCGUGUGUAAAUCCCAUCAUCUAUUGUUUCAUGAACAAACGAUUCCGCAUGGCUCUCUUGGCCACUUUUCUCUGUCGCACCAAACGGUGCCCUCGUACGAGAGAGACAGAGGAGGAGAGACGCACAACCACCGGCUCCAUCUCCAGAUGUACCUACACCCAUGUGAAUGUGUCAAUCGCCCCCUGA